AUGUUUGGUGUUUUUGCAUGCAUUACUUGCAGCAUCAGAAAUAAUAGAACAUUAUUAGAUGAAGACAAUUUCAAAGAUUGCCCAACAAUUGUUGAUAGAGAGUUGAAAGGUCGUUACAAAGAAAUCACAUUAAAAGCGGGUGAAUGCCGCGAAGUUUCAUACUAUUCUUAUGCAUUCGGUAGUGAAUCCGAUAUAUCAGUCGACUUAUAUAAAUUGUCUGAUCUUACAAAACCUAUUAAAACUGUAAAGAAUCCAUUGUUCUAUAAUAAUCCAAUGAUGGGGCCAGAUGAAAAAUAUACUGCUACGCUCAAAUGCACAGAUAGUACUAAAGAAUGUAAGGUCCAAUUAAAAACGGAAGGUUUUCCAUCAUUUGCAGGGGAUAACGAAGGAACAAUGAUUGAUGGUAGAAUUUAUCUUACUUCCAUAAAGAGCGGAAAAAUAGAAGUUAACUUGAAACCUGAAGUAAGGGUUUAUCCAGUACUUCUGAAUAAUAAUACCAUUAAAAUCGUAGGAGAACCAAAAGAUAAAGUGCAAAUAUUUAAUGUAGCUGAUGAACCUGAUGAUAAAACAAGAUCACCUAAUGAAAUCACAAUUACAGCUCCUGGCACAGCAUUUAGUGGUUUAAAUAUUGGAGAAAAAGAAGCUAAAGCAACUUUUACAUACGAGAGUACAAAAGAAGGCAACAAAUUAUGGUUCCCUGAGUUUGCUGGUUGGAUCCCUCAAAGAGCUGAUCUUUUCACACUUGAUGAUCUUAAAAAUGAAGCACCUUCAAAUGGUAAAAUUGGGGCAGCUGCAAUAGCAGGAAUUGCGAUUGGUGUUAUUGUUGUUGUCGGAAUUAUUGUUGGUGUUCUUGUUUGGCUUUUCGUUUUUAAGGCCAAGAAGGAAGAUAACGCAGAUGCUCCUUAA